CUUCUGGUAUGGAAAUAGGGCGGGCCAAUAUCAAGAACGAAAGAGUAUGAUUGGUUGGAGGUACGUCUUACGUUACUGAUUAUUGGUCCGCCUUUGGGGAUAACCGUCCCAGUUGCCUGAGAAACAAUACCGUCAUUUUUAAUAACUCAUCGGUGAUUGGUCCGCUCCUAAGAUUAAACUUAAAAGCCCAGGUUACCCGCGGAAAUGUGUACUAUAUGAUCACUGUGACUAUGCAGCUGAGGAGUAGAGAACAGCAGCUGGGCUGCGCGCUUGCGCUUCGCUUCCUGGCCCUGGUUCCCUGGGGCAUCCCUAGGGCCAGGGCGCUGGACAACGGCUUAGCGAUGACGCCUACCAUGGGCUGGCUGCACUGGGAGCGCUUCAUGUGCAACCUUGACUGCCAGGAAGAGCCGGAUUUUUGCAUCAGUGAGCAGCUCUUCAUGCAAAUGGCAGAACUCAUGGUCUCAGAUGGUUGGAAGGAUGCAGGUUAUGAGUACCUCUGCAUUGAUGACUGUUGGAUGGCUCCCCAAAGAGAUUCAAAAGGAAGGCUUCAGGCAGACCCUCAGCGCUUUCCUGGUGGGAUUCGCCGCCUAGCUAAUUAUGUACACAGCAAAGGACUGAAGCUAGGGAUUUAUGCAGAUGUUGGAAAUAAAACCUGCGCAGGGUUCCCUGGGAGUUUUGGAUACUAUGACAUUGAUGCCCAGACUUUUGCUGACUGGGGAGUAGAUCUGCUAAAAUUUGAUGGUUGUUACUGUGACAGUUUGGAACAUUUGGCAUAUGGUUAUAAGCGUAUGUCCUUCGCUCUGAAUCAGACUGGCAGAAGCAUUGUAUACUCCUGUGAGUGGCCCCUUUAUAUGUGGCCCCUUCAAAAGCCCAAUUACACAGAAAUUCGACAGUACUGCAAUCACUGGAGAAAUUUUGCUGAUGUUUAUGAUUCCUGGCAAAGUGUAAAAAGUAUCUUGGACUGGACAUCUUCUAACCAGGAGAGCAUUGUUGAUGCUGCUGGACCAGGGGGUUGGAAUGACCCAGAUAUGUUAGUGAUUGGCAACUUUGGCCUCAGCUGGAAUCAGCAAGUAACUCAGAUGGCCCUCUGGGCUAUCAUGGCUGCUCCUUUACUCAUGUCUAAUGACCUCCGACACAUCAGCCCUCAAGCGAAAGCUCUACUUCAGGAUAAGGAUGUAAUUGCCAUCAACCAGGACCCCUUGGGCAAGCAGGGCUACCGGCUUAGAAAGGGAAACAACUUUGAAGUGUGGGAACGACCUCUCUCGGACUUAGCUUGGGCUGUAGGGAUCUUAAACCGGCAGGAGAUUGGUGGACCGCGCUCUUUUACCAUCUCAAUUGCUUCACUGGGUCGAGGAGUGGCCUGCAAUCCAGCCUGUCUCAUCACACAGCUCCUCCCUGUGAAGAGGGAGCUUGGAUUCUAUGAGUGGACUUCAAGAUUAAAAACUCAAAUAAAUCCCACAGGGACUGUUUUGCUUCGGCUAGAAGAAACAAACCAGGAUGCAUCAAAAAGUUUACUUUAAAAUGUU